AUGGCCCCCAGUCAGUCCAACCUCUCCAACCCAAAGUACCUCUAUGACUUUGUGGUCGCCACCUCCCAGGAAAGCAUCAAUUCCGGGCUGGUUCAGUACCUUCAAAACACAGGAAACAAGCAGCCAUACACUUAUCUUUGCUUCUUAGCUGAUGAGAACGGCGAACCCACCGAGGAAGUAUCCCUUGAAGAGAUUCUCAAGAGGAGCGGGGGCGUCAACCCCUUUGACAUUCCUGAUGGUACGGAUUGGAAGGAUGAGCGCGUCCAGAGGUUGUACGAGGCGCGCCUCAUCUGCGCCAUCAGGAUGAGAACUGGUAUUCCUCCCGGUUGCAUCGUUAACGUCCCCAACAAGGGCCCCCAGCUCAAGUUGCCUGAGCCGAUUGUCACGUUGGGCAAGACCUCUGAGGCUGUGCACUUCAACAUGUACUGCUCAGAGGUCACCAUAAUCAAGAACAAUAUUCCUGGCGGUAGGUUCCCCACAAUCGAUAACAAGAGUAACUGUACUGAUAGCAUGAUCUUGAUAACAGGAUGGGGAUCCAAGGGCUCAUGGGUCUGGUUCCAGCAACCCUCUGGGAGCCCGUGGUACGUCAAGACUCAAACAAACCUCUUGAAUGAGUCUCUGGACAAGAAUCUCGAUACCGAGUACUUCAAAAAUCAUCCAGAAGAGCGUGAGGCUCUUCGGGCGAAGUUGGCGAAUAUUUCGGGAUCGGCUUUCAGCCUGCAGCAGCUCCUCUUUAAUCUCCAGAGCGCCGUCGCACAAACUGCCCCGACAUUUGCCGGUGUCACCGACAAAGCUGCCGAGUCCCUCUUGAGAAAGUCUUUCAUCGAUCUUUGGUCCGGAGUCGCCAAAGACCAAGGCCUGCCACUCGUUGGAGUCACCGCCGUCGCCCAGUAUCCAGACGGAUCGCCCCUUUGCUUGACCGCCCUGGAGCGCUGGGUCAGUCCUGUCGUCGACCCCAACUCUGGCCAGGUAAUCCAAAACCCAUCUGAUCUCCAAUUGUCGGCCACGACACUGAACUAUCUCUGUGCCACGGACGGACAUCCGCUGCCCGGUGCCUCGUCCUUCAACUGGAACUGGAUUGAGCCUUCUGAGGUAUCUCAGUCGAGCGGUGUCAUCUCCAUCAAACGAAGCACCAUGGCUCAGCACUUGGUCAACAAGAUGGAGCCCCUCGCCCGCAAAUCCUGCAUCAAGCCUUCAGCAAGAGUGACAGCUGACAAUGUAUUUGGCAAGGUUACAUACUACUGGGGCUUCUCAAGUGGCCAACAGCCCACAGUCAAGGUCACUCCCUCUGGUCCCCUGGUCGCGACUCUGGACUACAGCAAUACAGCUUCGGGAUGGGACCAGAAUGCUGCCACCUAUGGCGAGCUCAAGAUCACUUCGACCUACUCCUGCAGCAUUGUCUUUGGGAAAUAUGACCUGACCAAGGUUCCUCCUGUCUACAUCGCCGGCAAUACGUUCACCGUCAUUCAGAACUUCAAAGUGUACGUUUACGUCCAGUGGGCGGCAACGGGUCGGGAUGCGUGGGUUGCCGACAAGACUCUCACAGACGAAUAUGUCGUUUCCGUUGACGACAGCGGUGGUCUUACAUCGACACCUACCAAAAACUCUACCGUUACUGAUAACUCGAAGCCAAUCGACGUUGGAGCCAUCGUAAACUUCUUCACUGGCGUCAAGGAUCUGCUCCAAGCUAUCAAAGAUCGGAGCUCGGGCUUCCUAAACGCUCACAUUUCGUCGAUCCCGUUCAACCAGAUCAAAAACUUCGUGUUCCCUGGAGCCCACGUGUUCUCUUACAAGUCGGCUGCCUUCUCCAACUACUCAGAUCUUGCAUGCCUCAUCACCUAUGUCAACCCGACCAAGUUCCAGCAGCAGCAAAAGGUUAUAGAGGCCUCCGACGAAGUCGAAAGCGUGCCUGAAGCCAUAGCACUCGAUGAGCUGCCGCCUUUAGCUGCCUUCAUUAAGGAGCUCCGGGCCGAAGACUUGAAGCGCAUCGCGGAAGAAGGCCUUGGGCACUCAUCGCAGUUCGAAGAACACCCUGAUGUACAGGGAAGCUUUACUGUCACAGAAGUCCACAAGCAUAACGACGACGGUACGUCUGACAUCCACAAGCACCUGAGGACGAAAGGAUCCACAGGCAAAGCAACCAUUACAACAAGUACAGAGCUAAUGCUCAACUAUGUGCAGGGAGAGCUAGUGAAGCCUGAGGGCAAGUUUCGGGCUCUCCAGGCCUCUAACGGCACCGCUUUGCUCUUCGCGAUUGACUCAUCGGGCGUUCUGAAUGUCAUCGAGGAGACGGUUGCGCAGACACAAACUGGCUGGAGAGCCACUGACAUGUCGUCCAAGGUUAUCAAGGAUAGGUUCCCUUCUGGUGCAAUGGCCAUGCAGUUCGAUGUAGGCCAGAGCGUUAUGAAUGGGUACACUAUCAGCUUGGCCAUGUCAGUACGUUCAAAUGGAUCCGAUACUUUAUUUCUUUCACUUCGCAACUCUCCUUCUUCAACUUCUGAGUGGAUCUCCAAACCCUACUGGAGGUCCAUUCCUUUCGAUGCAGAAAAUGGACCUGACACCAUUCACAUUACCAACAUUUACAUCUCCGAGACGGACCAGCAACAGCAGUACAUAAUGGUUGACAUACUUCGGGAUCCUGGAUCAGAACUCAAGGCUACUUCCCGCUACGUUGUUGACCCCUUUUCUUCCUCCGGGGUUUCCUGGACCGCUCGAAUGCUGCCCUUUGAAGUCGAGGAGGGCACAUACCAGAGCUGCAUGGGCCGUGUCUCCGGCGCCUAUGUCGAUGGUAUUUACACCGCUGGUUCCGUCAAAGGCGCCCCUCAACUGUCCUACGUGCCUCUUUUCAAUCUGACAGGCAGCGCCGCGCCCAUGCCGACUCGACUACCUCUACCCAACAGGACACUAGCAACAGCCAUUGCCUCAGCUCGCUAUGAUGGCCAGAACUCCCCCAGGUAUGGAACUACUGAUCUAUACGCCGUUGGUAACUCCACCCUCUACCGAUGGGAUCCCGACCAGCAGCUGGACGACAACACCGUUGGAACACCGCUUCUCACCAAUUCUGUCUUCGCUGGCACCGACACCUUGAUUGCCCUCAUGCACAACAAGAUCACUACAAUCUUUGGGAAGAAUGCAAGCAAUGUGGUGUACUACACAUCCUGUCACGUAGACAAACUUGCGGAGCCACAGUCCUGGAGCGCUCCUGUUCCCGUACUUCGAGGUGUUGAGCGUAUCACUUCGUUCAUCAAUCUCAAAGAUGGCGGUAAGACAGUCUUUGCAGCGGGCGGCAGCAAGAUCCAGAAGCUGACUCAAGCGACCAACACCGACUCUAAACUUUGGCGCAACCAGUCUAUCAUGCUCGAGGCGGCGCCGGAGACAAAGGCCAUAUCGUUCAACUCUUAUACUACCACGAUCAACGUCAAAGGAGAAGACGGACUCCCUGUGUCAGGAUCAGAUAUAACUCUCACAACCAAGACUCACACGCCGGUUUACAUCGAUGGUCUGUAUUACAUCUUAUCAGAAGUUCCAGUCAACGUCACUGUCAAUCCAUCUGGCGAAGUGAUCAUCAUCCAGGCGACUGACAGCAUCGUUGGAGCUACCAUAACCGCAAGGCUGGGGAACAAAGAGCAUACCAUCAAUCCCAUGGCCAGCUCAUUCGAGAAACUUGCCAAGUUAUCCGACAAAGAUGUGCUGAAGACGGCCGAGAUCCGGACCAACGUCAAGGCUGGUGGUGUGAUUGGAGAGUCCAAAACCGAGUCACUGGUCUCUUCCGGGCUACCUGACGAAGAGCUGAAGGCUACCGCGGACAGUAUCAAGCUGCUGACAGAGGCUUACAAUAAGCACCAAGCCCAGGAGUCAGCGCUUCGCAUGAUGACUCCAGUUACGUCAAACAUGGUGGUCUCACAGGGUGGUACAACGUUCGGUCUUGGCGAUGCCAUCAUCGUGGCGGCCGGUGACUUGUUCAACUGGCUGAAGACGGGCAUUGAAAAGGUCAUCCAAGUCGUCCAGAAUGCUGCUACAGGUCUUUGGGAGUUCAUCGUCAAGAUCGGCAAUGAGGUUUACCGUGCUAUCCUAGAUACAGUCGAAGCUGUCGUCGGAGCUAUCGAAUGGGUCUUUGACAAGAUCAAGACGGGAGUGGAGAAACUCAUUCGGUUCAUUGAGUUCCUGUUCCAGUGGGACGACAUCAAACGGACUAAGCAGGUUACUCAUAACUUGGUUAAGUACUACCUGUUCGAUAUGGUGUCUAGCAUCGAGACCGCCAAGGACUCCUUCGACAGCUGUAUGGAUGGUGCUCAGAAAGCCGUCGCUGAAUGGGCUGGUAUCAAAGACUGGGCAGCGCUCGGUGAUGCAGCUACCAACCCGCCAUCUGGCAACGCAACAGAUCCUACAAAGCAUCAGAACUCGGGGUCUCAGAUGAUGGCAGGGCAUUUCAGAAAUCAAGCCGACAGAAUCACAAUUCGAAGCGGAAUGCCUGAGGCUAGCAUGGUGCAGGGCUUGGUAGAUGACAUGAUCAAAGCGAUGGAGUCACAAGGAAUGGUGUUUACCCAAACCUAUGACCAGCUCAAGACGCUUGCGGAAGAUUUCCUAGAUUUAAGCCUCGCCGAUACACUCAAACGUCUCACUGGGAUCCUAGUCCAAGCGGUUCUGGGAACCACCAAGGUCGUCGUCGACGCCAUGCUGGACGUCUUAUAUAGACUCGCUGGUACUGUCGUUGAUGUUUUGGAUACCAAGAUUCACAUCCCCGUUAUAUCCGAUAUACUCAACGCUAUUGGCGUCCCUGAUAUUUCCUUCCUUGAUCUCUUCACUUGGAUCGGCGCCGCAGGCAUUACCACCAUGUUUAAACUCGCCCGGGGUCAAGCUCCAUUCCCCGAUAACGCUACGACCCGCGCAUUGAUCGAUGCCCAAGACUGGGAAUCUUUCUCUGCAGUUUUGAAGCAAGGAGUUUCGGCCACGGAGGCUGAAUCCUCUUCUGAAAAGAAUGAUUUGGAAAUAUCGCAAGAGGUCGGGCAAAUGAUCUACUCAGCGGGCCAUGCCCUCGCCGGUUUCGUUGCUUUCACGGGCAACUUUCUCUUCUUCGCCGAAGCGAUGGACGUCAGUCCCACCAAUGUCUUUGGAAUGCCCUCAGCCAUCAUGGGCGUGAUCGGCGCCCUUGCAGCAGGUGGCGCAGACUUCCUCGUUGCCAAGAUGCCUAUCGAGAACAGCGCGGUCUCCACCAUGCGCACAAUCACGACUGUCACCACUGUCGUCUCCAAGAUCAUCUUCUCGGGUCCUGGUCAGAAGUACCUUGCCAAGGGCUAUCUCUCGUUCAUGAAGGCGAAUGACAACCGCAAGGUUGGAGCGGUGUUCAACACGGCCUUGGUGUUCCCUGCGCUUUUCUGCACUUGCUACCAUUUCUACGAACUGUCCAAGAAGCCAGUCAGCAAAGAGCGCUCUUUGGCAAUCAUCGGAGAGACUUCGAGUAUGGUGCAGUAUGUUGGACGGGUGUCUUACUGUGUUGCUAUCUUUGAUCCCGAGCCGUCGACGAGGCUCAUCCCGGCUAGUGUUAUGGCGGGAUGUAAUGUUGUUAUGUUUGGAUUGGAGACUGCUGGUGCAUUGAUUUUUUGA